AAUAUGGAUUCUACACUUCACUAUAUUCAUAAUGAUUCAGAUUUGAGCACCAACAGUAGUUUCAGCCCUGAAGAAGAAAGAAAAUCCAAAGUACAGGAUGUUGUACCUCAAGCCUUGCUGGAUCAGUAUUUAUCAAUGACCGAUCCAUCUCGUGCACAAACAGUUGAUACAGAGAUUGCCAAGCACUGUGCCUACAGCCUGCCUGGUGUGGCACUUACGCUAGGCAGACAGAAUUGGCACUGUUUGAAAGAUACCUAUGAGACGCUGGCAUCUGACAUGCAGUGGAAGGUUCGGCGGACACUAGCGUUUUCCAUACAUGAACUUGCCGUCAUCCUUGGAGACCAGCUUACAGCUGGAGAUUUAGUUCCUGUCUUCAAUGGCUUUUUAAAAGAUCUAGAUGAAGUCAGGAUAGGUGUGCUUAAACACUUGCAUGACUUUCUGAAGCUUCUCCAUCUUGACAAAAGACGAGAGUAUCUUUAUCAGCUUCAGGAAUUCCUAGUGACCGAUAACAGCAGGAACUGGCGUUUCCGUGCUGAGCUGGCUGAGCAACUGAUCUUGCUUCUGGAUCUGUAUAGUGCCAGAGACAUUUAUGACUACUUGCGACCUAUUGCUUUCAGCCUCUGUGCAGACAAAGUGUCGUCUGUCCGUUGGAUUUCUUACAAGCUGGUUAGUGAAAUGGUAAAAAAGCUGUACAUGGCUUCAACAUCAACCUUCGUGGUAGACCUCAUGAAUGAACUUGUUGAAAAGUUCUGUAGAUGCCGCAAAUGGUCUGGUCGGCAAACUUUUGUCUUUAUUUGCCAGACUAUCAGUGAAGACGACUGCCUGCCCAUGGACCAGUUUGCUGUGCAUCUGUUGCCACACUUGCUACACUUGGCAUCUGACAGGGUUCCAAAUGUUCGAGUCCUGCUUGCAAAAACGUUAAAGCAAACUCUUUUAGAGAAAGAAUAUUUUCUAAAUUCUGCCAACUCUCAUCAAGAAGCUGUGGAGCAAACAAUUAUGGCGCUUCAAAUGGACGAUGACAGUGAUGUCAAAUAUUUUGCAAGCAUACAUCCUGCCAGUACCAAAAUUGCAGAUGAUGCCAUGAGCACUGCUUCAUCAACUUAUUAAAAAGUUCUGAAUGUUGCUAUAAUUAAAAAAAAUUUUAAACGAACUGUCCUCAAAUGCUUCUAAAAUGGUUGAUCUAGGACAACCUCUUUGGAAGGAGAGAUUUCUUGCCAGACUUAACAGGUGGAUGUUAUCUAAACCUGAUACCAGGGAUUUUAAGUCAAGAAAAAGUAAACAAACCUGUGUCAGCUUGACUUUAGAAAAACACUGCUCAGAGGAUUAUUUUUGCCACCGAAGCCUUACAUCUUCUGUCUUCCUGAACAAAUGAAACUUGAAUUGGCAGAUCAUUUUCAUUGUAGAAAGGAUGUGAUUUCCAGAGACCUGCAUUGUUUCUCCUGAGGAGUGAACUUAGGAAGUAUUUUCUGUAGCAACUGAUAGAUGAAAUGGCCAGAAAGGCAAAUUUAUACCAGGAUGUAAGACCUCCAGUAUUAGCGCUAAAAGUUUUUAUCAUUCAAGGACUUGAUUUGUGUGCAGCUGGGCACACCCUUAAGUGGGAAUAGCUUUGAUGUUUGUAAAUGGGGAAAAGUAGAAAUUUGGAUUUCUCUUAAGGGCUCAGUGCUAACACUAAACUAGAAUUUGAUUUUAAUCCUUAAAUGCAGCAUAUUGCUGUACCCAUUAGCAGAAAACUUUGCUGAGUACCUGUGUCCUAAUUAUUUUCAUGCUGGUCAUGACCUAAAGGAAAUUUAUUAGCACAUGUACUUUAAGUCAGGUAUUUUUAACUUGAUCAUGAUCAGCUCUGAGGUGCAACUUUUUUCUUCAUAUACUGUACAUAUCUGUGAGCCUCCUUGGAGUGCUGCAGUCUUUAAUCAUGUUGUUUAAAGCUGUUGUGAUACAAGUUGUUCUCUACUUGUCCAAAUAAAAUUUAUUAAUAAGAUUGAAAGCAAUCUUGUUACCUUUUUAAGACAUUAAAAGAAU